UAUUAUCUUGGUGAGGGCCAUGAGGCACAAUCCUAACCCUUGAGAAUCAAUUGUGAUCUCGAAUACUCCAAGGAAUAACUACCUUACCCACUUCCAAAUUCCCAAACAUAAGCAUUACAUCACAAUAAUUGCCAAAAAACACAAAAUUCGUAUGAAAGAUUACUGAUUUCUUCAACAAAUUCCUCCAAUUUCUGGUGAACUCUCCAUCCCCAUUUCUUGAGCUAUACAAAACAAGAUACAGUUUAUAUCCGAAAAAAGAAGAGGAAGCUGUCUUUGUUACUAUACUGUCUCAUAUUGCUCAUGUGUUAACUAAUUUUUAUGAACCCAAGACACAGCAUAAAUGGGAAGGGAAGGCGGGAGUGAGUGCCAUCUUCGAUCCUUGUUGCCUCUAUUGAUGUCGCCUUGAAAAGUGUAGGGUAAAUACAGCGAAGCUGAGGCGAAUUUAGGUCCUAUGAUAGCUAAACCAUCACGGCUUAUUUAUGUAGGGAGCGUUUAAUUUGAGGAUUAGCCUUGAUAGAUAAAAAGAAUGUUGGGCCUCAUAAAUUCAUCACGUUAAGGGUAAUGUCACAGCAAUGAGCAAUGAUCAGAAGAAACAAGAAAGUCACAAACAGCUGUCGUGUAGGGAUGUUACGUUGGGUGAUGACUUAUGGACGGAUGGGCUAAUAUGUGCUUUUGAAUUUGUUCGAGGUAAUAGAAAACCUCAUUAUUCGGGGACCGGCUUGAAAGUUGAGUCUGCGCACACUAGUGCCGUAGAGAAGUCACAGAAUGGAGAUUUGGAAGCUUAUGAUGUUGACACUCUAGACGGGCAAUCCCAGAGCUACAAGCAUCAUCUAGGAUGUUCUCAUCCGCGUGAGAGAUCCCUAGGAAAUUACUGGAUACCAAUCGGGUGGAACAGGAUAUCUCAGCUGGUUCAGAUGGUGCAAGUUGAUGCUGUUUGGGCAUCUCAAUUCGUUGAGCUAGAUGAUGAGGACGGCGUGGCUGUAGCAGACGUCGCAGCUCCUUACUGGGAACGUCCAGUGGGCCCCACCUGGUGGUGCCACGUAGAUGCUGGCAGCCCUUUCAUCAGUUCAUGGUUGAGCAACGCUGAAUGGUUGCAUCCUGCAAUUAGCACUGCAUUGAGAGAUGAAAGCAAGCUGAUAAGCGAGCGAAUGAAGCACCUGUUAUACGAGGUUCCAGUCAGAGUUGCCGGAGGGCUGCUGUUUGAGCUGUUAGGGCAGUCAGUCGGAGAUCCUUAUGCAGAAGAAGAUGACAUCCCGGUUGUCAUGCGAUCUUGGCAAGCACAAAACUUCUUGUUGACUGCAUUGCAUGUCAAAGGCUCAUCUUCAAACAUUAACGUGUUAGGUGUUUCCGAAGUUCAGGAACUCCUAGCCGCCGGAGGUAGUAAUAUACCACAAACGAGUCAUGAGGUGAUAGCCCUUCUUGCUUGUCGUCUUGCUCGUUGGGAUGAUAGAUUGUUCCGCAAAUACAUUUUCGGGGCAGCGGAUGAGAUUGAAUUGAAGUUCAUGAAUAGGAGAACUCAUGAAGACAUUCAUAUGUUCAGUAUAAUUCUGAACCAAGAAAUUCGAAGACUUUCGACACAGGUAAUCAGAGUAAAAUGGGCUUUGCACGCGAGGGAGGAAAUAUUGUUCGAGCUUCUCCAACACCUACGUGGCAAUUUUGCAAGAACUUUGCUCGCAGGCAUGAAAAAGAGCACUAGGCAAAUGAUUCAGGAGCAAGACGCAGUUCGUGGUCGUUUGUUUACAAUACAAGAUGUCAUGCAGAGCACUGUUCGCGCAUAUUUGCAGGAUCAGAGCCUCCACGUGCAACAUAACCUUGGAGUGUUUGGAGGUUGCGGCCUCAUUCUCAGCAUCAUCACCGGGCUGUGGGGGAUAAAUGUGGAUGGUAUGCCAGGAUCUGGAGAUGCCCCUUAUGCAUUUGCCGUGUUCUCUGGUGCUCUCAUCUUGUUAGGGGCGGUGCUGAUAGGAAUCGGACUGAUCUAUCUGGGACUGAAACGGCCGGUGAUUGAAGAGAUGGCGGUAAGGAAAUUGGAGCUUCAAAAACUGGUGAAGAUGUUUCAGCAGGAAGCUGAAUCUCAUGCUCAAGUAAGAAAGAGUUCCAAAACAUCUUCGGCUGCUGCAGAGAUCUUUGUUGAUGCUGCCAAUUUUGUUCUCCUUGACUAAAUGCGUUUUGCUCUGUGCAUAGUUGGCACUAUUUUGGUGAUGUAUAUAGAUUACUACAUAAUCAAUAUAUGUAUAUAUAUAUGUACAUGUGCGUAUAUAUAUAAAGAGUAAUGUUAUUCUA